AAUUACUGCACCGAGUGAUUCUACUUAGUGGCUCCGGCUUGAGCCCUUGGGCAUUACAAAGGGAUCCACUGUGGGUGAAAAGGAUCGUAGCAAAACACACAGGUUGUCAUGGCGACCUGUACGAAGACGACCUCGCCCCAUGCUUAAGACUGAAACCUCUUAAUUUUUUGCUUAAUGUUAAAGUGGACACUCCACGAUUUUUACCAGGUUUCGCACCAUUUAUCGAUGGUACUAUUCUGGUCAAUCCUACCUCACAUUCGCCUACGACUAGUACCUCAACGGUAGCAACUGCACCAGGUUAUGAGCUGGCAGACUUUCCUGAAAGAGAUCUUCUCUUUUCAUUAACCAAUACAGAAUCGUACUUGGACCUCAAUGCACAGGAUUUGGAGUUUGGUUUCAACGAAACGAAACGUGACAGGAUUUUACGGACGUAUGUUCGCAAUUCGUAUUAUUUUCAUCUAAAUGAGAUUUUCUCAACUUUAAAAAAUGAGUACACAGAUUGGGAGAGACCGAGUCAAAACCCUUUGAGUGUGCGCGACGCGGCUUUGGAUGUGUUAAGUGACGGGCAUACAGUGUCGCCGUUGAUUAGGAUAGGAUAUUUACAUUCAACGGGUCGCGCAAAGACCUUUUUCCUUCAUUUUCAACAUCAUACUGGGGAGAGAGACUUACCUUUGAGAUUAGGAAGUGUGAGAGGAGAAGACUUACCUUACAUUCUAGGCUUACCAUUAAUUGGUGGAGGACCAUUUUUUCCACACAAUUACAGCUUUCCCGAUGUUGCUGCCUCUAGGACCCUCAUUCAAUAUAUCAGCAAUUUUAUUACUUCGGGAAAUCAAUUGCCUAUACUUUUGGAAGAUGUGCCCCUUCAAGGUAGAAUUUCAAUGUGGUUAUUACAAGAUGGAGCUCCUCCACAUUAUGGCGCAGCUGUAGUGAUAGGACGUGGUGGGUUUGUAGAGUGGGCUCCCAGAUCUCCUGACUUAAAUCCCAUGGAUUUUUUUUGUGGGAAGAACAUAAGCAUAAAAUCUCAAUUUACGGUAAAGAAUACACCAUUGGAAAGAGAAGAGAAAAUAUGCCUGGGCAGCAUAAUCAGUGAUACGUCCGGUCUAUAG